AGGCUGCCGCCAGCAGCGAGCCUCCUCUUUCUUUCUUUCUUUCUUUCCUGGCGCGUCCCGCCUGCCUGGGUGCGGGAUGGAACUGGAGACGGAGGCGCUGCUGCAGGAGGCCCGGGAGAGCAUCGAGGCGGCGCGGCUCUACCGCCGGGAGCUCCAGCAGCGCCUCAAGGGGCUCCACCUGGCCCGCCAGCAGAUCAAGGACAGUGCUGCAUUGACCAGGGAUGUACUAGAACAGCAUUUUAAUGACUUAAAAGGGACCCUAAGGAAACUCCUGGAUGAACGACUGCUGUCUUUGCUCCAGGAAGUGGAUGCCAUAGAAGAGGAAAGCAUCAAACCAUUGGAUGAGUGUCAGAAGCUAAUAGAACAUGGAGUUGGUACGGCUGAUGAGCUCCUCCGAGACGGAGAAAGUGCUAUCCAUGGUGUCACAGGGGAGAACAACAACAAGCUUUGCAACUUCACAAAAAAGGCAUUGCAUAUCCAGCUAGAUAGUUUGCCAGAAGUGCCAUCGUUGGUUGAUGUGCCUUGUUUAUCUGCCCAGCUGGAUGACUCUCUCCUUACAGUAGUUAGAAGUCAAAUCGUCAACCAUGGUACAGUUGCAUCUCGACCUCCAGUACAGAUUGAAGAACUAAUUGAGAAGCCUGGGGGGAUCGUAGUGCGGUGGUGCAAGGUUGAUGAAGACUUCAUCCCACAACACUACAGGCUUCAGUAUCGCAAGAGUACCGCUGGUCACUUUGAAGAUGUGUACGUUGGUUCGGACACAGAAUUCAUAGUACUACACAUUGAUCCCAAUAUUGAUUACCAGUUCAGGGUAUGUGCGCGAGGAGAUGGCCGUCAGGAAUGGAGUCCGUGGAGUGUUUCUCAAAUUGGCCGUUCUACAUUAGUGCCUCAUGAGUGGGCAGCUGGCUUUGAAGGGUAUAGCCUGAGCAGCCGAAGAAACAUCGCUCUCCGAAAUGACUCACAAGCUGGUGGAGUGUUGUACUCCAAGGCUCCAACCUAUUACUGUGGUCAGACAUUGACAUUCCGAAUUGAAACUGUUGGCCAGACAGACAAAAAGGACAGCAUAGGCAUUUGUGUGGAGCAGCGAAAUGGCUGGGAUUCAUUGCAACAAGAUAAAGCAGUGUGUGUUAGCACAAAUGGGGCUGUCUUUGUAAAUGGAAAAGAGAUGACAAACCAGUUGCCUGCAUUUACUUCGGGCUCUGCUGUGACAUUUGACAUGGAAGCUGUGACUAUAGGUCCUUCAAACAAUAAUGAGGGAGGGAACUUCAAACUCAGAGUGACAAUUAGUUCCAACAACAGGGAAGUGGUCUUUGACUGGGUACUUGACCAAUGUUGUGGCUCUUUUUAUUUUGGAUGUUCGUUCUCCUGUCCAGGCUGGAAGGUGUUGGUGUUCUAACUUCUGGCCUCAGAAAAAAAGUGAUGAUUUUAGAGGGUUCCUCUUCCAGUGGCUGGACUCUGCGAUGCAAUGCUUUACUAGUGUAGGCACUUAACACAUUGUGUGUGCUUAAUACACCGGUGUAAGUCUGAGCAAGGGUGAGCUCCUUAAUGCAGCCGCAUCAACAUUACUUGAACUCUGUCCUCUUUACUGGAUUCCUUUCAAAUACUGGUGAAACAUUUUGAGUUACCUGGAAAAUUAUGUAGUCUUUCCUGAUUGCUGUCAUGUCAUAUGUUUUAAGAGUGAGACUUUUUUAGAAGGAAAAUGUUAGAAUUGAUAGUACUAUUGUGCUCCUGUCUAUGAAAGGGUAUACUUACAGAUUGGCUCUAAUUUUGCAUAAUGGUAUUAUUUUGGCUCAGGGUUAAUGGACCAAAGUUACAUGCAUGGUAUCGUAAUCACUAGAGUAAGGUACUGAUAGAGUAAAAAGUAGCUGAGCCUGUUGUCACUAAUGCUUCCAUCGCUGUCCACUUGGCAUUGAUGCCAAAUAUUUUCUUCCCAUAGUAAUAUUAAUGCUCUUUGCAGCUGCAGUCCAGAUGCAUUUGUUUUCAUAUGCAGCACCUGUGUGCCUUAGUUUCAGGCUUUUGUUGAACAGUAAUUCCAUAUUGAAGAUAAAAUUUAAAUUAUGAUUCUACUUUAGAAUUAACUGCUACAGAAUUAUUGGCACUUAGGUCAAGUUAUAUUGAUGGUGUGUAUUUGGCUUCAAAAAAACCAUUGCACCGAGUGCCACAGGUAGUGCCUUGACCAUGAUGAUAUUACACAUUCCUGCAUGUCUGUUUAGGAACCUGGCAGGAACUGGCACUCAAAAUGGUUCUGAAACCAGAAUGUUUGUGUUCUUCCUUGGACAUGCAAGUUUUACAAUAACUUAACUUACAAUAACUUAAUGGGCAAGAAUCCUCUGGCAUAAGAAGACUCCUGCAGUAAAGGAGGUACUGUUGUAAAAAAAAGAGGACAUAUGAACCACUCACUGGAUUUUUUUAUUUUUCUAUGUAGUAAACAGGGUUAACAGAUGUGCAGAUAAUAAUAUUGAACCAUGGUGAUGCCUGCAUAGAGUUAUGUGUACCUUAUGCAGUCAAGGCUUGGCGUAUGUGCCACAUGGUUCGUGUAACUAUGCAAGAUAAACAACUCCUUUUAGAAGUUCUUAAAGAGAACGGAUAUGUCUGGUUAAAACAGCAUGUUCUGCAUAAGUGCCCCUUUACAGCAAUAAGUGUGCAUAUGCUUUCUACUUUUGAUGGCAGCUGUACUAUACCAUUGAAUAUAAUCUGCUGUAGACCCAGACUGUAAUUUUGAAUAUAAGCAAGUUGAAAAGUGAUUGGUUAAAGCCGAAGAAAACCCCAUGCUAUGCAGUUGUAAGGCUGCACUGAGGUUGCUGUCACAAAAGCUUCAGUGGUAGUCAAGUUUUGGGAAGCAAGGGGGAUGGCAGUAUCCCAUUCCUCGAGAUGGCAUCAUUUUCUCCCUGUCCUGAACCCAAAUUCAGUAUUGGCAACAGUCUUGCUUCAGGCAAGCAUAGCUGGGAUCCCUGGAGAUCCUUUUGUCAUGCAAUGCAUCAGUAGAGCAAAGCAGAAUAUAGUGUUAGUGUAUUGAGGGCAUGUUUUUUUUUUCCUCAGAAAGCUAUUCGUUCCUUUCCCUUCAAAUACUGGUGUCCUCAUGUCCCCUUUUUCCAUUUGUUAUAUCAAAUCCAUAUUUCUCCCAUCUAUUAAGCUGAAACAGAAUAUUUCCCUUCAUCCACAGCCACCCACUAGCCUUAUUUUCAUGUUAAAACAGGGUGAGGGAUGCGGCAUUGCCUCCAUAAAAAUGACACAAGGAAGCCGCUCUGCCUAUGGGUCUACUGUGUCUCAGUGUUGAUCUGUGCUACUAUAUACUUGAAACAGAGUGAACAAAACCAGUGUUUAAAAUGUGGUAUUACACAGAAGGUGUUGGGAUGGGCCCUGUUUAUAUUUUGGGGGAGAGGGAAUCACCUUGCCCUACAGCAGAAGAUGGAUGGCCCUCCCUCCCAUUUGUUGUAUGUGGCUCUCCCUUGGCAUUCAAGAGACAGGCAUAAGCAAUUCAGUUAUGUGCAUGCAAAAUUCAAUCCAUGCCUUCUACCUAUUACAGGUGAAAAAAGCCCAAAUUGUACUUUCAGUUGUCUCCGGUGUGUCAAGUAUUGUUUGUAGGGCUGCAUGAAAAUGAAGGUUUCCCUCCGACAACAGUUAAAUCAGAGCCUUUGCUUCAGGGAGUGCUUCUCUGCCUCCUCUCACACGAGGAAGGAAUACAAAGACUGAAUUAGAAAUCCUUUCUUCCUCAUUGGCCUGCAGCAAACUCUUGGCCAGUUCUCAUGCUCCCAUUAGCUUGAAUGCUUUUCUAGAGUGUGUUCCUCUCCUCACCCCACCUUACGACUGAAAAGAAGCAGCUUGUUUCUCAUCCAUCUUAGAGAGAGAGGAAGCUUGCUUAGGCAAGAUGCGCAAAGGAUCAUAUUCAGGAGAGAUCUUAACUUGCAAUUGAUAUAAGGACCAAAAGGUUUAUGUUCAGAGGAGCCCAUCUUGAAAUGUGCUGUCAUGAAAUGCCUCACUGUUAAGCAGAUUUGGUGAAUUCUGCUUUACUUUCACACUUAAUAAAUCUAUAGAAGUGUCUGUUCCUUUUUCAGACUUUACCCAUACAGUGUUAUUAAGGCAACCCUAUUAGAAAGUUUGAGAUGGAAGUAUGUAUGUAUUUACCUCAAGAUACUUUGUAUUAUGACUUUAAUAAAGUUUAUUAGUCUUUUGACUAGUA